AUGGCCAACUCUACAGACUCGAUAUCGAUAUUUGCAGAGGGGACUUUCGAGGAACAGAUCCUUGAACUACUCUCAUAUAUCGCUCGAAAUAGAAACGAUGAAGAUCGCACUGCAUUUGUUGCGCCAUUCCAGAACGCCUUGAAGUCAGGGGAAGGAAAAAAACCUAUUGAAGAAGACGAGAACAGAAGAAAACUCAUACUUUCAAAAUUGCUAGUCGAGAUUAGGGGAUUGGGAGAUGGUUCUGACAAAGAAAUCGAGGGCUUUUUCAACCUUGUCUUCGCCCAUAUUUUCUCUCUAUAUCCAUUCGACUCCCCUGAAGUCAAGCAAUACUUAGAUGCCAUACUCAAUACCAUUUCUGGUUCGCCUUCGGAACGCUUGUCUGUCAAAUACCGCGUUCUUUCAAAUCUCUUCAAUUCACUUCCGAAAUCAUCCCCUCUUCGUUUAUCUGUGUAUCGUACUAUUUUGCAGAUUGCAACUUCGAAAGACAACCUCAACGCUUUGGAGCUCACCAAGUCUGAUGUCCAAAAAUGGUUGUCGGAAUGGGAGAUAACCAAUGAAGAGAAAUCUGUUUUCCUGAAAGCAAUAGUCGAUGCAUAUGUCCAAGCUGAGGAACUAACUGUUGCCUACGAAUACUCCCUCCAAUACGUUCAAACUCUUGCCCCCUCUUCCGAAGAAGCUAAAGUUGCAGCAUUGGAUGUCAUUGCAACUGCUCUGAGGCUCCCUGGCGUUUUCGACUUUGACCCCUUGUUCAAGUUGGAUGCCGUCAUCAACGUGAAGGAUCAUGAACUUUUCUCUCUUCUUCAAGUCUUCCUUAAUGGAGGGCUGCCUGAAUUUAACGCUUGGCAAUCAAAGCACUCACCCAUCCUAGAGAAAUAUCAAAUUCCGACAAUCGAAUUGGAGCGCAAAAUACGUCUACUUACAUUGGCGUCGUUGGCUUUCAGCCAUAUUGGUCAAAAUCUCUCGUAUUCAAGAAUCGCAGAAGGUCUUCAAGUUGAUCUUUCAGAAGUCGAAAAAUGGGUUAUUGAUGUCAUUCGUGCGGGACUUGUCUGGGGCAAGCUUUCGCAGACAACUCAAAGCCUUCAUAUCUCACGAGCCACUUCGCGUUCAUUUGAGCGUGAGCAAUGGCAAGCCUUAGAAAAACGACUCGUGGCAUGGAAAUCUGGACUAGCUGGUAUUCUGGAUGUUGUUGUCACUGCAAAAAGACAAGGAGGGCAGAUCGCUGCUUGA